AUGGAGACUACCUGGAUUUCAAAGAACUAUGAUGACGAUCUGUACCUACAAUGCACGUACACUUGCAUCCGAGUCCUCGAUAGAAAACUUGCUCAUGCAAGCAAGAAGCACGACGUCAUCGGCUUGGCCGAGACGAGAAGAUGCCAGCCUUUCAACGCCGUCUAUGACACUGGAGAAGAACUGUUCUUCAGAACAUUCAACAGUAGAGGCGCCGGCGGCGUCGGCGUUUUCGUCAACACGAGUUUGUCCAUGAACAUCGAUUCAUUCGAACAACUUGCAACCCGAAUCAGACGUUUAAGAUUAAUAAGAUGUGGAUCAAUUCCGGCUUUGACAAUCUUCGUCGUUUACGAGCCGACAUUAAACUAUGACAAAAAAGAAGUCGAAGCGUUCUAUACGGACUUGGAGAAGUUCCGCAGAGAAGACCACACAAUCUUCAAGAUCAUCAUUGGAGAUUUCAACGCCAAGGUUGGACCAAAAGGGACAUUUGAAGAACGUCGCAUUGGAACCCACGGAUUGGAGUGA